UUUGAAAUGAAGGGCUGCAGAGAUGGCUCCGUGCUUGAGGCGCUUGUCUCGCAAAACUUAUGGACCCGGCUCUGAUUCGCGGGUACUCAUACAGCCAGAUACACAAGACCUGAAGAGGAGCCAUGUCAGAGGAAACAGUGGCCGAGUCGCAGCUCUCCCUGAGGACAGCAGCACUCCGAGUGUCUGGCCUUCCUCUCUCUUGGUGCCAUUCUCUCUCCCAGAUCAAAUUUUCUCCGGUAGCUAAAAAGUUGUUUGUGGUGACUGCAGUGAGUGCGGUGUCUGUAAUUUUUCUGGCCCAUCACUUUAAGAGAAGACGAGGAAAAAAGAAAGGGAAAGUCCUGCCGUGGGAGCCAGAGAACUUCCUCCUUGAACACCCGAAGAAGGCUGCGUCUGAGAAAGGCUCAAGUUGCUCGAGUAGCCGACAGAACUUGACGCUGUCUUUAAGCUCCACCAAAGACAAAGGCUCUCAGUGGUGUGCCUUCGCUAGCGGAGGGCUCUUCAGCAAGUGCUCCGGCUCUGCCCAGAGCCUGGCUUCGGUCCAGAGUGUCAAUUCCUGUCACAGCUGUGCUUGCGGCAACUCCAACUCCUGGGACAGGGCCGAUGACGAUGACGUGAAACUCGUGACUAUUCCUGUGACUACGCCUGAGAAUUUGUACCUGAUGGGGAUGGAACUGUUUGAAGAGGCCCUGCGUCGAUGGGAACAAGCCCUGAGCUUUCGGAAUCGACAGGCUGAAGAUGAGGCCUGCGGCACCAUUAAGCUGGGAGCAGGAGACGCCAUCGCUGAAGAAAGUGUGGAUGACAUCAUCAGCACCGAGUUCAUCCAUAAACUUGAAGCCCUGCUUCAGAGAGCUUACCGUCUCCAAGAGGAGUUCGAAGCCACCCUGGGGGGAUCUGAUCCCAGUUCCCUUGUUAAUGAUACGGAUAAAGAUACGGAUGUCACAGUGAGGGGGGCUGAGGAUGGCGGUGGCCUGCGCAACUCCUUGAGCAUCCAGUCAGUGGAGUCCUUUGCUUCGGCAGCGGAGCUUGCAGAACACAGAGAGGCCCAGCACAGCUACAGCCUCGAGUCUUUCUGUCGCUGCCCCUUCUAUGAAGAAGCCAUGCGUCUAGUUGAAGAAGGAAAAGUGUACUCCAGAGUACUGAGAACUGAAGUGCUGGAGUGCCUGGGAGACAGCGAUUUUCUUGCCAAACUUCAUUGUAUCCGACAAGCUUUUCAGGUGAUUCUGUCAGAAACUGCCAAUAGGACAUUCCUGGCUGAGAGUGGAAGGAAGAUUUUAUCAGCUUUAAUUGUGAAAGCUCGAAAGAAUCCAAAGAAGUUUGAAGAUGUCUUUGAUGAAAUGAUCUAUUUUUUAGAGCAGACUGAUCACUGGGCUCGCACUGAAAUGGAACUUGCUGCUAGAGGGGUGAUGAAUAUUAACUUUUAUGAUGUUGUUCUGGAUUUUGUAUUGAUGGACUCCUUUGAAGACUUGGAGAACCCACCCACAUCCAUACAGAAUGUAGUAAGCAAUCGCUGGCUGAACGCCUCCUUCAAAGAGACCGCCGUGGCUUCCAGUUGCUGGUCAGUGCUCAGACAGAAGAGGCAGCAGAUGGAGAUUGUGGAUGGGUUUUUUGCCCAUUUUUAUGCCAUCUGUGAGCACAUCAGCCCUGUCCUGGCCUGGGGCUUUCUGGGUCCGAGAAAUUCUCUCUACGACUUAUGUCGCUUCUUUAAGAAUCAAGUUCUUUUCUUUCUCAAAGACAUUUUUGAUUUUGAGAAAGUGCGUUACUCAAGCAUCGAGACGCUGGCUGAAGACCUCAAGCACCUGCUCAUCCGCCGCAUGGAACUGCUGACGGCCUAUGUCGGCGCAGACGCCCUGAGGCUCACAGGCUCGUGCACUAGUGGUCACGGGCCAGUGACGGCCGCUGGGCUCCUGGAAGCCAAAGUGCAAUAACGCCAUACGGUCAUACCGCUGACAGUGCUGUGAAGUAACCUGCAGUAAUUAUAGGCUUUAUGAGGUCACAGAAUCAGCAGAAAUGCUAGUGUGGACUCAGGGAGGGAAAGUCUCAAAGACUGACAGAGCUGCGCCUGUACAGUCUGCCCCUGAGCCCCGUGGAAUGUGUCCGCGCAGCCUCCUAAUCCUCUAAGUAGUCGUUGAAGUGUAGCGUGUCGUGUGUGCUGCAGAGCAGGUGCCUGAGUCAGAGCUGGUACUUGCACUUGGUUUCUUCCAGUUGCCUGCGAUACCCACAAUCGUCUAGAACAAGUCUUCAUGCUUUUGCACCUUGAAAAUACAUUAGCUGAGAACUGCGUGUGGCUCACAUGUGCAAAACAUACUGCUCCCCGUGCCAACCUAUUUAACUUUGCCUGAAAUGUCUUCCUAGCCGCAGUUAUGUUGCUGAGAUCCGACGGCAGUGGUGUUGACCACGAGCCCCCGGCUGCUGCUGCGCUGGUGUGUGGCUGGAUCCGAGGCGCUGCGGUCGCCCGGUGCUGCUGUGCGACACUGAAACGAGCGGACACUGAGAAUUUACCAGUCUGCAGCUUCAUGUUAGGUGAACGUGGCUUCCAGAAUAUGCUAUUGCUGUUCCUGUACUUACAGUAGACUGAAGUGCUUUCUUUUUACAGAUUAGAACAUUUUCUUGUAAAUAAAUAUUAAUUUAAAAGGUAUCACGUAUUUACUAAGAAAGACGAUUAAUUUUUUACUUUUUUUAGUGUAAUUUUGAGACUGGCUCCCAACAUCUAAAGGUAUUACUUGACAGUAAAGUAACUUUUAUUUUCUACUUCCACAAAGUGGGCUUUUAGUUCUUCCCACAAAGAACUCAGGAUAUUAGAAAUUUGUUAUCUUAUGCCCAUGUUUUUAAAAUACCCCUACUUAGAGCAGGGCAUAGUGGCACAUGCCUUUAACCCAAGCAUUUGUGUGGUUGAGGUAGGAGGAUCACCGUGAGUUCGAGGUCACCUGAGAUUAC